AUGAGCCUGCAGUUACAAUAGAGAGAGUGUUAUGUAACCAGAAGAGACAGGAAGGAGAACCGUUGGUUGAAAACUACAACAGGAGACGUAACAAGUUUCAGAAUCACAGCAGAGAAACCAGGAGCAUUCAGCAUGUCUUUAGAUCCAGACAAGUUACCACCUCGACCGGAACUGUUUGAUUUCCAUGGAGUCUCAAUGACCCACUAUUUCACAGACAACUGGGAAAACGUUCAAAAGUUCCAGGCCAGGCCAGAUGAUAUACUUAUUGCAACAUACCCCAAAGCAGGAACCACAUGGGUCUCCUACAUCCUCGACCUGCUGUAUUUUGGUCAGACAGAGAAUCAAACAUCCGUCCCGAUCUAUGAUAGAGUGCCUUUCUUGGAGAUCCUCGCCCCGGCCUUGCGAUCAGGAAAAGACAUGGUGGACAGCCUCACCACUUCUCCUCGACUCAUUAAGACACAUUUUCCUGUCCAGUUUGUGCCGAAGUCCUUCUGGGAGCAGAACUGCAGGAUUGUCUAUGUUGCCCGCAAUGCCAAAGACAACAUGGUGUCUUAUUUUCACUUUGAUCGCAUGAAUAAGGUUGAGCCAGAGCCUGGAGACUGGAGCAACUACUUCCAGAGAUUCUUGGAUGGAAAGAUGGUGUUUGGAUCCUGGUACGACCAUGUGAACGGCUGGUGGAAGAAGAAACAGACUUAUUCAAAACUUCACUACAUGCUCUUCGAAGAUAUGGUCGAGGAUACUGGACGGGAAAUCGACAAACUCUGCAGCUUUCUCGGUUUGAAUCGUUCGGACGAGGAGAAGAAACGAGUUACAGGUGGAGUGCAGUUUGAUAAUAUGAAGAAGGACAGCAUGGCCAACUAUUCUACAAACCCAGUUAUGGAUUUCAAAGUGUCUCCUUUCAUGAGAAAAGGGAAAGUUGGUGACUGGAAGAACCAUUUCACUGUGGCCCAGAACGAGAAGUUUGAUGAAGACUACAAGAAAAAGAUGACGGACGCCACUCUUUACUUCCGUGAUAUAAUUUAAACAGAUCAAACAUGUUGAGAAGGAUUUGUUAAUAGGUGUGUAACAUGAGAAAAAAAAGUUACUACUGCCUUUUAUGUGAUAAAUGAGGUGCUGUCCUCUUGUUAAUUAUCUGAAUUAAGGCUGUACACUUUAUAUUAGACCAGAGAU